GAGGAUUAUGGACUGAUCGCCCCUCUCUUCUUGCGCUAUGGAGCCCCGGGUCUGCUUGAGCGCCUGGUGCUUGCUCUUCGGGCUGGCUUCAGUUCUAGGCUUUGGCGUGGAUCCUUCGGUGCAGAUCGACGUGCUGGCCGAGUUGCAGCUGGGAAAUUCCGUGGCCGGAGUGCUGCAAGUGCAAGGGCUGCAUAACGGGAGCAAAGCUUUCUUCUUCCAAGGUACAUCAAGAAGUGUGAAAGCAUCUCCUGAGAAAGCUGAACUUUUUUUCCAGAAGCUAAGAAAUAAACAUGAAUUCACAGUUUUGGUGACACUCAAACAAGCUCGUUUAAAUUCAGGAGUUAUUUUUUCUGUUCACCACUUUGAUCACAGGUACUUGGAACUAGAAAGCAGUGGUCAUAGAAAUGAAAUCAGAUUGCACUAUCGGUCAGGAAGCCAUCGGUCGCACACGGAAGUGUUUCCUUACAUUUUGGCAGAUGACAAGUGGCACAGGCUGUCCUUAGCAAUCAGUGCAUCACAUUUGAUUUUGCAUGUGGACUGCAAUAAAAUUUAUGAGAGGGUAGUGGAAAAACCCUAUAUGGAAUUGCCGGCUGGCACAGCAUUUUGGCUGGGACAAAGGAACAGUGCACACGGUUACUUUAAGGGCAUAAUGCAAGAUGUACAAUUACUUGUCAUGCCUCAAGGAUUUAUUUCUCAGUGCCCAGAUCUUAAUCGCACAUGCCCAACCUGUAACGAUUUCCAUGGACUUGUGCAGAAAAUAAUGGAGCUGCAGGAUAUUUUAGCCAAAACCUCUGCCAAGCUGUCACGGGCUGAGCAGAGGAUGAAUAGAUUGGAUCAGUGCUAUUGUGAAAGAACUUGCACUAUGAAGGGCUUCACCUUCCGAGAAUUUGAGUCUUGGACAGAUGGCUGUAAGAACUGCACUUGCAUGAAUGGUUCUAUCCAGUGUGAAGCACUGAUUUGCCCACUUACUGAUUGCCCACUCAAUUCUGCUCCUACAUAUGUUGAUGGCAAGUGUUGUAAGGAAUGCCAAGCCACAUGUAUAUUUGAAGGCAAAACCUACUUUGAAGGUGAAAAAGAAACUGUACAUUCAAACUCAGGAGAUUGUAUUCUAUUUGAAUGCAAGGACCACAAAAUGCAACGUGUAUUGAAGUCAGAUUGUCCUACCUUGAACUGUCUCGAAUCUCAGCAAAUCGCUUUAUCUAAUAGUUGCUGCAAAGUUUGUAAAGGCCACAACUUUUGCUCUGAAGGACACAAGUGCUUGGAGAAUUCAUUCUGCAGGAACCUCAAUGAUAGGGCUGUCUGUAGCUGCCGAGAUGGUUUUCGAGCCCUUCGAGAGGACAAUGCAUACUGUGAAGAUAUUGAUGAGUGUGCUGAAGGAAGGCAUUACUGUCGGGAGAAUACCAUGUGUGUAAACACACCAGGAUCAUUCAUGUGCAUCUGCAAAACAGGUUACAUCAGGAUUGAUGACUACUCAUGUACAGAGCAUGAUGAAUGCCUCACAAACCAACACAACUGUGAUGAAAAUGCACUGUGUUUCAACACCGUGGGAGGGCAUAAUUGUGUGUGCAAGCCAGGUUUUACUGGAAAUGGCACUGUGUGCAAAGCAUUCUGCAAAGAUGGUUGUAGAAAUGGGGGAGCCUGUAUUGCUUCAAAUGUCUGCGCCUGUCCACAGGGGUUCACUGGCCCAAGCUGUGAAACUGAUAUUGAUGAGUGUUUGGAUGGGUUUGUUCAGUGUGACAGCCGUGCCACCUGUAUUAACUUGCCCGGCUGGUACCACUGUGAGUGCAGGGAUGGCUACCAUGAUAAUGGCAUGUUUUCACCUGGUGGAGAAUCCUGUGAAGACAUUGAUGAAUGUUCAACUGGGAGACACAGCUGUGCCAAUGACACAAUCUGCUUUAACUUGGAUGGUGGUUAUGACUGCCGGUGUCCCCAUGGGAAAAACUGCACAGGAGACUGCAUCCAUGAAGGCAAAAUCAAGCACAAUGGGCAGAUCUGGGUUUUAGAGAAUGACCGGUGCUCUGUCUGCUCUUGCCAGAGUGGCUACGUAAUGUGUCGGCGGAUGGUCUGCGAUUGCGAGAAUCCCACCGUUGAUCUGUUCUGCUGUCCUGAAUGUGAUCCAAGGCUCAGUAGUCAAUGUUUGCAUCAAAAUGGGGAGAUUUUAUACAACAGUGGAGACACUUGGGUUCAAAAUUGUCAACAGUGUCGAUGUUUGCAGGGUGAAGUGGACUGUUGGCCCUUGCCUUGUCCAGAGACAGAAUGUGAAUUCAGCAUACUCCCUGAGAAUGAAUGUUGCCCCCACUGUGUCACUGAUCCCUGUCAAGCAGACACCAUUAGGAAUGAUAUCACCAAGACUUGUCUGGAUGAAACUAAUGUGGUUCGCUUCACUGGAUCGUCUUGGAUUAAGCACGGCACAGAAUGCACCCUCUGUCAAUGCAAGAAUGGGCAUGUUUGCUGUUCAGUGGAUCCACAGUGCCUCCAGGAACUGUGAAGCUAAUGAUCACGCAUCACAGACAGUUUCUGGUUUAAGAAUUUUAACUUUUCAAAAAAGACUCACAAACCAAAAAUUGUAUACAACCAAAACUGAAGCAAGAUCGGUUUUGUCCAAUUAAAGUGCAAAAAGGCUAUAAGGUGGAUGAGCCAUCAGUUUCCUCAGUCUGAGUGAAACAUAUAAGGCUUGGUAGGAA